AGGAGACAGGCAGGGCUGUUUCUAUCCGACAUCUAUUGCUAACCUGCAAGUGGGAUAAUCUAUUGAGGCCGGGAGAACAAAGGAAGCGUUUCUUUUGUGGCCAGUAAUUGGAUUAAAAGCGUCACUUAGAUACACACCAUACAGUUACAACUACAAGGAGCAGAAGGGAGGGCGGGCGUGCUCUGCUCUGAUCCUGUUUUACAGCCACCGAUUAUUUUUUAUUUCAUUCAACUCUCCAUUCGUAUAUUCAAUUUCACUCUGCCCUCAAUUUUCACCCCUCGUCAAUUCCACUUUUUGCUCUCAUUUUGUUUUUCAUUUUUAGCCGUUCUAUUCUGUUAGUGGCCUGCUGGUCAUUGUUUCAAUAUCCAUCUCUUAUUCUCUGUAACUUCCAAACGGGGAUGCCAAUUACCCAACCCACUCUGCCACUGUAACAUUAAAAAUUCACUAAUAAUCCAAAAUUAAAAGCAGAGGGACACACACUUGAACUUGAACUGAACCACUCUUAGCAGACUGGAGUGGAAAGUACUGUUGGGCUCGGCUGAACCACAGUCAUUGAUGGGGCCACUAAAUGGACACACUGAUGUCUGUUAGUUAGCCAUACAUUUAAUUCAAAAUGAUUUGAGAAACAUCGCCACUGCUUUUUACUCUUUAUUAACACGAGUGCAUACCGUCUAUGCGUAAGAAGAGCACUCAACUCCGCCGGUAGACCAUUCCAUUACAUCCUACAGACAGACCCACCCCUCCCCCUUUCCUCUCUCAUUUACUCUCCAUAAUACCCAUUCCAUUAUGGCUCCUUUCAUCUUACUCCUGUAAGAAGUGCGCACAAGCCACGCUUCAAUGAUUGGACUCGCAAAGCGAACUGUGAGAUGAACAAAAACCAUUUCAUUCAUUGCUCGCGUUAAACUCCUCUUACGUUACAACUGCCUGUUUCUCUCUCCUCGAUCUCUUAUUCCAUUUUCCAUUCACUUGAUCUCUUCCUCUCUCUCUCUACUUCCAGUCUUAUCUCUUUGUUGGGUCUCAUCUCUCGCUAUUCAGACAGAUAACUAUAUCAGUCCGCUUAUGAUGUCACCCAAACCCCAAAUCAACCUCAGUAUAGACUACACUUGUUUGGCUAGUUUGUUUCUCCCUCCCGUCCUCCUCUGCACUAUCCUCUGCUGUUCUAAAAGAUGGUUGGAUUAGUUAUUCAUCUGUCAUAUCACACUGUCAGUCACUCAGGCCCUCAACUGAGCAGCUCAUCUGGUCCGUCUAAAGCAUAACUGCCCCACCCCCUACCAGUUACAUGACCUUCACUUGGCCUUCUAUCUUGCCCCUUAUUCCCCCCUAUUGCUAGUCGGUCUUGACAGAGUUGAUUGGUUUAUUCACUCUGUUACUCUCCAUCGCCUAAUGUAUUGCAUCUUAGUUUCAUCAUAGUGUGUGCUCCAUAACAUAACACAUAAUUAUCUCAACCCUCGUCUACUAUCAACAUCCUCCCUCCUCUCACAUCCAUACACCAUAGUCACCCCCCCCCCCCCCACACACACACACACACACUGUGCCACUAUUCUGACAGCUGACUCCUGUGUAACUGAUGUUGCACUGCUCCUUCUCCUCCCAUUUGUGAAUCUCUUCAGUUGCUUUUUACAGAUUAUCCCCAGCAGCAGACAGAAUACUAUCCCACAAUAGCACUCAUCCCAGUAGCUUCUGCAGUGUAGUUCCAAUCACAUAAUCCCUAUCCCUUUUUAUUACCAUAAUCCCACACACAACAACUCACAACUCAUAGACUCUAAUCAAUAGACUACACCAAUCAAUCCAAUUGUCUUCUAGGUCCCUGCAGUUUGCUAGAUGCGCUUAUUAACCUGCCUCUUGUCUUCUAGUUAAACACAUCAUUUCACAGUGUUAUCGUGUUUUUUUCGCUGUGUUUUGAGCGAUGUUGCUGCUUUAUACGAAGUUAUUUAUCCAAUCGUAACGACCUCAAUAAUUUGUCAUUUUUAGAAAUGUUUGCUGCGACCCUCUGACAAAUUACUAACAUAUCUGUCUCCAUGCCUGUUACCAAUCAGCUAAACAAAUAUUUGGCAUUGGUGCCGAUCCUUCGUUCACGGAAGGGGAAGGAAUCAGCGAAUCCCAAAUCAACGAAGGAUUCAAAGGAACGAGCAGAUAGUAAGACACAGAGGGGAAGAAGAAGAAGUGGACAGACGGAUUGGCGUGAAGGAGGAGCCACCACCACCGCCACUAGCAGCAGGGACAAUAAGAAGGACACUGUGUUAGACUGCUGUCACAAGUGCAGUGGGCAGAAGAGCGACACUGCAGAAGAGGACAGAGAACAGGCACAGGUCAACAAGAGCAACACACAGUGCAUCGGAGAAGUGGGCGAAGGCAGUAGCCAGACACCUGGUGUGAGGACUGUGAAUAAUUGCACCCAUAUAAGCAGCAGCUGCAGCAGAAGUCCUCAUAGGCUCACAUCUCAUCAACAGCCUCCUCAACUCCAUCCUCCUAGUUCGCAUCAUUCAAUUCCCUCAGGGGCAGCCGCGUGUGCGUCCCAAUCGCAGUCCAGGUCUCCCUCUCCCUCCAUCACAGCCACAAGACUAGGUCGGAUCAUGAGUAGCCUGGAGAAAGUGUUGGGCGACUGGGGCGGAGGAAUGGGUGGUCUGCAGCAGCAGGAGGGCAGCGGCAGUGGCAGUGGCAGUGGGUCGGUGGGGACUGUGAGGGCUCUGCUGUUGGGAUCCCCCUCAUCCGGCAGGACUCAAUUCAGACAGGCCUGUGCGACCCUCUACUCCAACCAGCCGGCACGCCCACAAUCCCAACUGAAUCAUGCAGCCGACAGACUCCCACUGCUCAGGGAUAGGGACUCGGAGUCGACGAGUGACUCCCUCCACACCGGCACCCCCUCCCACACUGGAUCUGUCCCGCCGCCUCAUCCUUCUCACCCCCCUGCAUCCUGUGUGAGUAGCAGCAGUGGCGGUGGUGGGGGAAGUGGUGGGGGGAGUGUGAGUGUGCGGCUGAGUGACAGGGACAGUGUGGACUUGGUCUACAAGCGACAGCUGCUCGGACACUCCGACUACCACUGGCAACACAAAGCUGUCAAGUUACACCUGGUGGAGUUGGACAGGAUGAAAGAGCGUGACCACAGAACUGAGUAUGCCCCACCCUCCACUACAAGGGGCACCACUGCCAAGACAUCCACUGGGGGUGGGGGAGGGGGAGGGGCAGUGUGGAAGUUGAGGGAUAAUCUGGACUGUGCUGUGGUAUUCGUGGAUGCAUCCCAAACAGACAAGAGGGACGCGAACAGUGGUGAUAACAGUGUUCGAGACGGGGUGGAGGAGGAGUGCUACGAGCAGCUGGCACGCAUACUGCCACUAGUGAUAGUCUACAACCUAAACAACACAAACAAACAGCAACAAUUGCCACACCCAACCCCUCUUGCAUCAGAUGACCACAUGAUCCCCAUCGUCCCACCCACAGGCCUCGACACAAUCUGCACUAACAUCAACAACAACAGCAACAACAACAUCAGCACAGCCCCACCCUCACAUUUCACGGCGACUCAACUGAAAAAUGGGGUGGGGACCAACAUGAGCAGCAGCUGCACAAGUAAGCUUAACAAAAAAGGACACCUGAAUGGAUCAACAACUACACAAACAGCCAAAUAUGACAGACUGCACGACAGCACAACUAAACGCAACAACACCUCAACAGAUAGCAUCAGCACAACAAACAACCUCAACGACCGAGUCAUUGUGGGAGGAAAGUGUUCGGACGAUUGGGCUGUGAAGAAGAGACUGCGUCGACUGAUUAACUACGAGAGGUUCAUCAUGGCGGCGGAGGAGCAGGUGUUGGAAGUAGUGGUGGACUCCCUGGACCCUCCCUUCUGCUGCCCUGUGCCCACUGCUGGUACAACUGUGGAAGGGGGAGGUGGUAAUGGGGGCGAGGGUGAGGAGAGUGGGGGUGGUGGGGUGGGGAGUGUGGUGUCUGCUAUUUUGAGACAGGGCACUUUGCGCAAGUGUCUCCACUGUGGACCCAACCCCAGAAUAGUGGCCCAGAAGGACAUAGUGCGCAGAUAGACAGACCACACCCAACCACACCACACUGAGGUCAUACAAGCACUCAAAGUCACACAGUCGCAAAAGCAGCAACAACUUCGAAAUCACACACAGGCAACAAUAACUGACUCAAAUGUCAAUCUACAAAGACUCAAUAAGAGAUGCGACUCACCCACAAACUGCUGAUUAAGAAACGUUCCAUUCCAAAAGAAUCUCCAUAAUCAAGAAAAAACUGAUCUGAUUAUUUGAAACGUAGUUAUUUGUUAUUUGUUAGAUGUGCAGGGUAGAUAGAGAAAGUUAGCUCAAACUUGAUAUUUUCAUUUCACAAUUAUUAUUUUCUCACAGAUUUUCACCAGUAUUACUUAAGCAUUAUUUGAAUUUGCGAAGAUAUAUACUCCCACUCACUUUGUCCAGAUGACGCUUCAGCUCAAUUCCUUAUAAGUUUGCUUAGAUAGAAACAAACAUGUCGCAAUCAAAAAGUGUGCAGGAGCUCUAUGAAUCAGACGGUGUCUCUGCUUUUUAUCACUGACCUAAAUGUCUGCUUAUUCAACAUCUUUUGCGAUUCAAUUCAC